GCGUAUGUUUUACACACGUACGGAUGUGUAUAACAAACAAACACACGCGCGCGAGCAAAUUGAACUUUUUACGAUGACCGCGAUGCCGCCGUGCGUGCACGCUACGAAUAAAUGAUUUUUUUCUAAAUGGACCGACCGAACCCCGCACAGUUUAAAUUAUCAUAAUCUCUUAACAAUCCUUAAUUGAACGGGACCCGGGACGUCGAGAGCAUCGCGCACAAAACACAUUGGCAUACAGUCCCUUGGUCUCGUCGCGUCGUGAACUCGAGUUCGAUAUUAUAAUAUACCUAUUGUUGUAGUACACACAUAGUAAUCCCCAGUACAUCUAAAGUCGCGUCUUUAUUUCCUAUAAUACAACGUACGGUUUAACCCGAAUAGCUAACAAUAAUUUCGUUUACGUUUGAUGUGAUAUUGUUUCGUCUGAAAACUUAAACCGUUUACUCCGGUCAAAAAUGUACCGUCUGUUUUUGGUACUGUUUUGGUGUUGCGGUUUGUUGGGCUACGCGUCCUCGGAUGAAACAACCACUUCGGUGUACGAACACUGCGGAAAUCUGCAACUUCAGGAAAACAUUCAAAUCAAAUUGAUAACUGGUACAUGGUACGUAAUUGAAGUUCUACAACACAAAACAAAUGAAAAAAUGUAUCAUGGAGAGAAAUUUGAAGUACCCACGUGUCCUUCUGUUUUCUUAACGCUUGCGGGUUCUGAUACAGAUCUGAAAUUGUACUGGAAUGAAGAUAUGGGCGACGUUGAAUAUCUGUUCAAAAUUAAAGACAGAUCAUCUCCCGGAUUCUGGUUGUCGUCUGGAUCUCAAAACGGCACCCUAGUGCAGGUGACCAGCUACGAUCAGUUCGCGGGCAUGGUGUACGUGCGAAAGGCGAUCAGCAAUCACAUGGUGUUGACGUUCUGCUCGCCGAACACGCAGUUGUACAGCGUGGUGCUGGCCAGGGACAAGACGCUUGAUCCCAAGGACCUGAAGAGCAUCGUGAACCACAUGCACCUGCAAAAGUUGCCCAUCACGCAGACGAAACGUACGUGUCGCAGCUCUGCGUCCGCGGCCCGAGCCACCGCUUGGACGACCACCGCGUUCUGCUUGGCGUACCUGGUGUGGUACCAGCGCGUCCACAAAUAGGUCGGUCGCGACCACAAUAUGCGUCGCGCACCUAUUCACGUCGAGGCAAGCGGACGCGUAUAAAAACACACACACCCACACACACACACACACACACACACACACAUGAGGGCGCAGGGUCGGCGUUGGUCGAGGUAUAUGACGAGGGGGUAUAGUUGACGACUUAAACUCGGCGACGCGCCGCGGAUGGCGAUUAAAAAUCACGAUAUGAUAUUUAAUAUAACACUUGCACCGUUUCCGAACGAUGUCCGAAGCCGAUAUGACUUGGAUGUUUUUAUUCUGAUUAAAACUUACAAUACAAUCCAUAUUAUUAUAAUCCACUACAAAUAUUAGGUACCAAAGACUUAUCCAAUGAUCAACUACAUUAUAUUAUUAUAUCGCGGUAAACGAGUAUAUUGAUUUUUUGGGUAUCAGCUCAUUCUGUGUUAGGUAUACGCAACAGUAGUGAAAUUAACAUCACAACACGUGUCAUAUUUUUUUUCGUUAUCUGAACUGAUUUAAAUAUAUUUAUGAGCUGUAAAUUAAUUAAUUAUUUUAUCUGUGCUUAAAAUGGAAUUAUUAGUGAUGAACAUAACACAUAUUAACACAAAUUGUUUAUUUCUUGUUAAUAAUAAUUUUUAAAAAACACGUAUCUAGAACAACUUGAAAUUAUUAACACUAGGUACCUACCUAAAAAUAUGUCUAAAUGACAUAUUGUAUUCUUCAAAAAUUGCAUCCCCUUAAAUAGGUACAUUUUAUAAAAUCGUCGAAAAUAAUACGUAAUUGCUCCUUACUUACUUCUUUAGCAUGAUAUACACGUGGUAAAAGCCUCUUAAUAAUAAACCGUACUACAUAAUCAUAUCGUUCUACACAAAACUUUCUUUAAAUUCUUUAUUUUGAAAUAAUAUUACUGUAUAAAACGGUAUCUGCGGCUACGGCGUUAUUAAAAUUCGUGUUUUUUUUUUUUUAAAAGACCCUAAACCCCCUUUUACUUCGACUCUGCGCAUACACACAUAUACAAACGACAAUACUUAAAACGAUAGGAAUGAAAGGAAAAUAAAAUACAAAAAACAUACAUACCUUCCUUACCCAACAUUGCGUUGUCAUCCAAAUACAUAAAGACAACAUAAUAAUAUACCUAUGACAUGUGUACCAUGCUCAAUUCAAGUUGUGCAAUAAACCGUUAAAAUAUAUCAAUUCCGUUCAAUUUGUACUUUUGCUUAAUUUUUCGGAUCUCUUUAGUGCAUAGUGAUUUUGUUUUAUUGCGUACCUAUUUACAUGCUACUUCGCUUAUCUAUAAAUUAUAAUAUUGUUUUAGUAAACACAAUUAAUAACGUUUGAUUGGACGACUACUAUAUAGCAGUGUACCUAUACUAUAAGAUAAUUGCAUAAUGUUGGGUUACCUUUUUUUUUUUGUGUAAUUUAUUUUCUUAAAAACUAAUAUAUUGUUACAAUGAUUACUUAGAUAUAAUGACUAUUUUAUAAAAUUAUUUGUAAAUUGAAAAAAAAAAUGUUUUUAUAACAUUUAAUGAAAUCGGAUGUUUAUUACAAAUAAUAUUAAUAUACUUAUAUUAUAUAAAUAUACCUAUAUUUUUUGCAGUAUCUAAUGCAGCUAUACAAGGGCUGUAAAAUAUGUUAGCUUUGCGCAAAUUUGUAUACUUUAUUCGUUUAAAUAAUAAAGCACAAUAGUAAUUGUAUAAGUAUAUUAACUCUAAACACUUAUUAUAACUAAUUAGAGAAAUAAAAAUAGACUCAAUUUUUACAAUUACCAAUAAAUAAUAUCAUAAAAAAAUAUACUAAAUUAUAUAAUAAUAGGUUUAGCCGCAGUCUUGUUGCAUCACUUACAUCAUUAAGGAUUUACACAUAACUUAAAAUAAUGACAAUAAAUCACUUUUAA